CAGACAGCCUUAUUUACAGUAUACAUCUAUUAUGUGCGGCUUGGAAAACACUAUUUACAUUUUGUCAGGCAUCAUUUGGUGAAGAAAAUAACCCACCUAUGUGAACACUGAGUCAGUAUUAUUUCCACCAGCCAAUUACUAAUUUAACUCCCAACUUUAUAAUCACUAUUCCCCCCAGACACCUCUACCUGUAUCGCAUCUGGUGACCCUCACUACACCACCUUCGACAAGAAGAAGUACAACUUCAUGGGGAACUGCAGCUACCUGAUGUCAGAGCCCUGUAACCACACGUCAGUGCCUCACUACGAGGUGCAUGCUGACAACGAGAACCGCUUCAACAAACCAACCAUCUCCUACCUGAAGGCUGUGCAUGUGUACGUGCGUGGGGUGAAGAUCUCCAUCUUGAAGGGAGGCACCGUGCAGUUGAAUGGUAUCAAUGUGAACAUCCCACUGACCCCAGCUACAGGCGUGUCUGUUCUGAAGUCUGGUAAACACUACACUGUAGCCAUGGACUUUGGUGUGACCGUACGAUAUGACGGAAACCACUACAUGGACAUCAAGGUCAUCAAGGACUAUAAGGACAAGCUGUGUGGACUGUGUGGAGACUACAACGGAAACUCCAACGAUGACUUCAGGAAACCCGACGGUUCUCUGACCACCAACCCCAAUGACUUUGGACACAGCUGGGUCACAGAUCCCAAUUGUAACAAGAAGCCCAACACCACCAUCCCAGGCUGUACUGAUGAUGAACUGGACAGGUAUGAGAGCUCUGGCUACUGCGGCAUGCUACUGGACAAGAACGGACCGUUCGCUGUCUGUCACCCCAAGGUCAACCCCAAUAGUUUCUUCAAGGACUGUCUGUUUGACCUGUGCGAGCUGGAUGGUGCUCAACCCAUCCUGUGUGAGUCCAUCGAGUCGUAUGUCAACGACUGUCAGGACCGAGGAGUCACCAUCGGAACCUGGAGGAACAGCACCUUCUGCCGUGAGUACAGAUCAAUGUUGGGGUCAAUUCCAUUUCAAUUCCAGUCAUUUCAGAAAGUUAACCAAAUUCUCAUUCCAAGUGUCUCUCACUGAAAAGCAUUAAAGAGAA